CGGCAACAACGGCACCUCCUCCUUCACCUUGCAAGACACCGACAGUCAUGGCGCCCAAAGGCAGGGUAGCGGUGCCAGGUCGCCAAUAUACGCCGUUGGAAGCAUCUUUUUCCCUUAUUUUUCUUUGCACACUCCUCCCUCCGGUUGUUGCACAGGCAGCAGCACAGCAGUGCACGGCAAGUACUUCUGUCCUGAGUCUCACUGCUACCGCCACAGGCAAGCCUGUUCAAUUCACAUGCGGAGAAAACGUUACUCACCUCUAUCCCCAACAGUCUCAAGGAGGCCCGUACACGGCAUGUGCCAAUUCAUCGUGUACAAGUAUUGUAUCAGAAGACCUUCCCAAGGCUACACUGACCAAUGGGAGCGAAAAGCAAAACACAUUCACCCUCACGGAAAAUCCCGCACAUGCAAGCACAGUCUAUCUGAAAUGUUCCUCAAUUCAACCUACCGGAAGUCCCUCUGAAGCGGAGCAAAGAGAUCAGGUCCCGACAGAGCAAAAGUGCACAGUUCAAAUUGCCGUUUGGGGUCCACCAACUCGAGGAUCUACUGCACACCCAGAACCAAGUAAAUGCGGAAACGACGGAGCAACGCUGAACCUUGAAGUUGAGUCACCGAAUGGAUCAGUAACCUUUGCUUGCGGCGAGGGAGAAACACUUGCUCCACCGCUUUUCGACCAGGUGUUCACAACAGAAGAGUGCAGUGGGGAGUCUCCCUUGGCAACGCAUCUUUCUGGUGCAUCCCUCGUGCAGCACGGCACCGCUCCAGGGGAGACAACAAAAUCAGCCUACACAUUCAGAGUCACCAAUUUACCCAAGAACGAGACGACGUUCUGUUACAAGUGCAAGGCAGCUUCCGUUAGGAAAGCAAACGGAAACGAUGGAGAUAAAUGUACAGUCUUUAUCAAGGUCGCGAAGGAAAAAUUCGAUACCGGAUCCACGACAGCUGCCCCACCUGGAGAAUCAGGAGCUGAGCGUGGGCCGUGGAACAUGGCGCUGAUGAUCUCUCUUGUCACCAUCCCUUCCGCGCUGAUGAAAACGCUUUGA